AGAGAAGACUGGCAGAGGAGCGCCUGGACAGCAGCAGCAGCUGACUUUCUAGAUGAAGCGCGCCUUGGGGCCCCAGGCUUGGGAGUGAGCCGAUGGCCCACGUUCGAGAAGCGUCCCGGUCCUCCCGCUCUGUCGCCUGUUGGAGUUCGGGAGGUGGUCGAGGAGCCUGUCUGGAGCAGGCAGCUGAGAGUGCAUCGAGAUGCGGGGUACACAGGGAGCCCAGGAGAUGAAGCCGGAGCUGUGGCCGGAGCCCAAGCCCACGUCGGAGAACUUAACAAGUAGGGGCAGUGGCAGCUAUGAGAAGGUGCUCCCUUCUAUCCCGGCUGCUUGUCACACCAGCUCCAGCUCGGUUUGCCCGCGCCGCAAGCCCCGCCCUCGGCCCCAGCCCAGGUCCCGCUCCAGGGGAGGGCGUGGGCUCAAGGCCCCACCCCCGCCUCCCGCCAAACCUCCGCCUCCCCAGCCAGAGCCGCCACCUCCACCCCCGCCCAAGCAGCGGUCGGUGGCCUGGCGCAAUUCCAGACGUAGAUCCAGGCCUGGACCCAGACCCCAAACACGGAAAAGCUACUCUAGUGACCAUGGCUCCUCUAGGGAUUCAGAUGGCUCAGAGAACAGUUUACUGGAGGUAGGGUCUAAUAAGGGUCCCACAGGCUGCUGUCAUGUAGAGAGCUUUAAAGUAGCUAAAAACUGGCAGAGAAACCUGCGGAUGAUCUAUCAGCGUUUCAUUUGGAGUGGAACCCCGGAGACUAGGAAACGUAAGGCAAAGUCAUGCAUCUGUCAAAUAUGUAGUACUCACAAGAACAGACUCCACUCUUGUCUGUCCUGUGUAUUUUUUGGAUGCUUUACUGACAAACAUAUUCAUAUUCAUGCCGAAACAACGCAACACAAUUUAGCAGUAGACCUCUGUCAUGGGGUUAUUUAUUGCUUUAUGUGUAGGGAUUAUGUAUAUGACAAAGAUAUAGAAAAGAUCGCCAAAGAAACAAAAGAGAAAAUUCUGGGACUGUUAUCAUCCCCUACAGGAGAUACGUCUUAUCAACAGUUGAUGGCAUCUGAGGUUGAAGAAAAUCAUUCAAUCUGUGAGUCAAAAGAUCAGGAGACCAGUUUGGUAAAACCCAAGAAAAAGAGGAGGAAAAAGACAAUGUAUUAUACUGUAGGCUUCAGAGGAUUAAUUAAUCUUGGUAAUACUUGCUUUAUGAAUUGUAUUGUCCAAGUACUUACUCACAUCCCGCUACUGAAAGAAUUCUUCCUUUCAAAUAAGCACAAAUGUAUGAUGACAAGCCCCAGCUUGUGUUUAGUCUGCGAGAUGUCUUUACUUUUUCAAGCUAUGUACUCGGGGAACCAAAGUCCUCAUAUUCCCUAUAAAUUACUACACCUGAUAUGGAUCCAUGCAGAGCAUCUAGCAGGCUACAGACAACAGGAUGCUCAGGAGUUUCUUAUUGCAAUAUUGGAUGUGUUGCAUAGACACAGCAGAGAUGAUGGUAUCGACCAGGAAGGUAACUCCAACUGCUGUAAUUGCAUCAUAGAUCACAUCUUUACAGGUAGUCUGCAGUCAGAUUUAACGUGUCAAGUUUGUCAUGGUGUCUCUACUACCAUAGACCCAUGCUGGGACAUUAGCUUGGAUUUGCCUGGGCCUUAUACCCCAGGGAGGGCGAGUAGUAGCACAUCGAGUAGGGAUGGUCAGAAGCCACGAGCCAUCUCACUUACAGAUUGCCUGAAGUGGUUUACAAGGCCUGAAGACCUGGGUAGCAGUGCCAAAAUCAAAUGCAGUCAAUGCCAAAGCUACCAGGAAUCUACCAAACAGCUGACAAUGAAGAAAUUACCGAUUGUGGCCUGCUUUCACCUGAAAAGGUUUGAACAUUUAGGCAAACAGAGACGAAAGAUUAAUAGUUUUAUUUCAUUUCCUUUGGAGCUGGACAUGACACCGUUUUUGGCUUCUACUAAAGAAAGCAUAAUGAAAGGCCAGCCAUUAACAGAGUGUGUACCCAGUGAGAAUAAGUAUUCUUUGUUUGCAGUAAUUAACCACCAUGGAACUUUGGAAAGUGGCCAUUACACCAGCUUUGUCCGACAGGAAAAAGACCAGUGGUUCAGCUGUGAUGAUGCUGUAGUCACCAAGGCUACAAUGGAAGAGUUACUCAAUAGUGAAGGGUAUCUACUGUUCUAUCAUAGGCAAGAUAUAGAGAAAGAAUAAUCUUACCCAGAAUGAUUUCCAGACCAAAAGAAAGUUUUAAAAAAGUGAAAAAGAAGAAAAAACAAAA